AUGUCGGCGACGAGCGAAGCGACUACGAUACUACUGAAGAAAAGAGAGAGGACGCAGAAUUGGAUCCCCGAGGAGAAGAGCGCCCUGUUCUCCCUGAUCAAGCAAUACGUGGGCGCGAUCGAGAACAAGAAGAUCGACGCGGCCGCGUCCGCGAAGAAAUCCGUCGCCUGGCAAAAGAUCUACUGCGCGUUUCGCGGCCAAUUCUCCGCAGAUCGGGACAUCACCAGGAUCAAGGAGCAGUGGCGGAGGAUGAAGGCGCAGGCGAGGAUAGAGAUGUUCUCGUACGCCGAAAAGGUACGAACCCUGGGACCGGAUGUCGCCGCCAAAUGUCGUCCACCGAAUCUCUCGAUCGAAGUGUGGCGGCUGAUGGAAAGCGUGCGCAAGAACGAUUCCGAGAACACUGAUCGUUCGGACGAUAGUCAGGACAAUGACAAUCCAGUGAAUCGGAUGACGAUACAAGCGAUCUUGGAUAAAUUGACGUUACCCACGGAAACGCCAGAACCCGAACAGGAGGUUAAGAUCGAGGUCAAUAGCGAUACCGAGGACGAGAGUAUUCAUGGCGAAAUAUCGCGACAAGCGUCGGAGGACGAUUUCUUGCAGCGGAAGCGUCCCAGGAUCACGACCGAAAACGAGCCCGUCCAACACAAAGUCACUUGCCCUGACAGUGUGACGACGUCUCGUGUCGAGGAUGCAGAACACAACGAUUCGGUGGACGAAGAUAAAUCGGCACAGAGAGCAACAUGGAUCUUCAAGUCUGCCCAACGCGAGCACGAGAUCAAGUUACGGAUGUUGGAUAUCGAACUGGAACGCGCGGAGCUGCAGAAGCAGGCUGCCGUUAAUGAGCUGAAAACGUCCGAGCUCAAGAAGCAAUUGAUGCAAGAUCAAGUCGAUGAGUACUACAGUUUUAAUAUUAUAAAAGAAUGA